ACAGCGAAAACAGUGGUUCUAUCGGGCGGCAAAAUUCUCGUUAGCAUAGUUUCGAACACGGUUAUGCGACUCGACGUUCUAAAGGCGGAAACGUGAAAAGCUAAGAUUGCUUUUCAAUUCAAGUCGUCUGUGAUGUUGAGUUCUGUACAGAAACAAUGAUCUUGCAUGCUAAUUGGUUGGCCGCACGCCCCCUGCAAGCCGAUUUCACUCAUUCACCAAUCACGUGCGGGCCAAGUUGACAAUUUCCUUGAUACCUAACACUGUUCAUUAUGAACAAUGCAAGGCGUUUUGGUAAUACAUGUAUAUGUGUAAUUUAGCGCUGUUGCAAGAUUAUGCUGGAGGAGGUUUCCCAGAAUAACAUCGCAACAUAUCGUCGUCAAGCUACCUAAAAAAAUAACAUCUGUCGCGAGGGGUUCGAGGCACAUCGACUUUGUGGAAAAUAGAGGCGUGUUACGUCAACUACGUCGUUGUUCAAUUUAAUUCCAUUCGUGCGCGCUGUGGAUCAAUCAAAGUUGACAUUUGUUUCGUUCGUUCGUUCACCUAAUCGCGUUUCGAAUUCCGUUCUCGUCCGAUUGUCUCCCAGGAUUUAAAUUUUUUACAUCUUUGUAAUCCUCGAGUGGCAAUUUGUUUCCUGACUUUAUUUUUAAACCGUACAUCAGAUCGCUCGUAACAGCUGUACUUUGUUUACGACGUUGUUCACAAUAAGAAUAUAUAAGUUAUAUAUUGGACGCACGAUGUGUUUUUCAAUUCUGCCGAAUCAUUUAUUUUAUCAAUAUCAAUGAAAAGACCGACGGUUGCCCCAGGGGAAGGUUUAGCGUUUCUUUUGUCGAUCCAGAUCAGCUGAAGGCCAACCAAAAUUACAAAUCGAUUAGUUGAAGCAUGAAAUCAUGGAUACGCAAAUUUAGUGCGCUGUUUGGGUCUGAGUUUAUUUGCGUGCGUCUUAAGUAUCGGAAACAUUCAGGAGGCAAAUCACUUGUAGCUCUCUAACUUGCAUUCAUAUCAGUUUUACAGUACAUAUCACUGAUUUUAAGGACUUUAAAGAAGGCCAAGGUGUGAAAAUUUAAAAUACGGAUUACAUCAAACUUUAUUUUGGUGGACAGGCGUCACGCAACGUGACGUGGCGUGAUCAUAAAAAAUGAAAGUACAGAUUUGCAUCUUUUGCGGUUUUCGCUCGUGGCGGUUUUCAUUUAUAAACGUUCUCUGUCUACUCAGACCGAUAAAUAUUUAUAGAUGUCGCUCUAACGAUGCCAAGUUUUAUUGUGCGGUAGAUUAUUUUCAAACUUAUUCUGUCCACAAUCUUGGUUUUCAGCACACAAAGAGAAAUUACGUAAAUGAUUAAAUACAACCGUGUUGAAUCAUCUCUUUUGUAAAAAUCUCUAAGCAAAUAUUACCAACUCGAAUGUACUAGAAUUGCUGAAUUUGUGGUCUUUACGCAAUAACCUAUAAUUUUACACAACGUGUCAUUUAAUUUAGCGUCGAAUUCACGGAGCGAUGAUUGAGAACAAGUUCGCACAAAUCUGUAAUUGACCCGGAUUGCGAUGAUUGUUUGUUGUGGGAAAGAUAGUCUGAUCAUAUUUCACUUUCCACACUCAGUGAGGGAAAAAAAAAAAAAAAAGCUGAACGCGAGAAAAACGCGCGAGACGCGAAACGAACGCGCGGAUAUUGAAAGCGUUCUGAAAGCGGAAGUUGAAUACAAAAUGCAUCGAACUCGAUGACUGAUGAACUGAUGAACAUUAUCAACUGAUUUAGGGAAGGCUCAGUUCACAAAACCACGAUAAGCGGUUCAACCUCUGACGCUUUUCAAACGGAUGUAAUCCUACGUGAUGCAAUUAUCUUGAAGUUAUGUAGCGGAACAAAGAGUUUCACAUGAAAAGUCAAACCACGGAAUCCUCGUAAAUAUGUCAUGCUUCAUACUCCAUGCAUCAGGGUAGUUUUGGAUUAUGCGAAAUAAAAAACUCACUGAAAGGUCACGUCCCGAAAUAGUUAUUACAUAGCACAAGCUCGAUUUUCCUUGCAGGAAAUACAGUAUCUUGAAAAUGAAAUAAUGACUUGUUGUGAAGGACCAAUGCAACAAUUUUGUGGAUAUUUGUUAAAGCACUACUUCGAAUUUUACAUAGACGAAGUCAGCCUUUUACCAAACGAUUUCUGAGUUUUCCCCCAAUUUCUAGUUGUUGUCUUCGUUAGAGUUUUCAUUUUCAUUUUAGUGUCUAACCAACCUCUUGUUGUUACCAAAGGAAUGGAUAAUUGCACUUAACGAGACCGUCCAUCACUUCAGAUAGUAACCAUCUCUUCACGUAGCUGAGUGUCGCGUAACAGGCUUUGAGUAAAAGAAAAUAUUUUCUGAAAUGGAUUCCUCUGGGAUUUGAGUGGAAAACUUUGGUAAAAUCAACGUAAUAUUUCCUCGUGGUAACAUGUUCCUGGUUCUCAUAAAGAAUUAACAUUUUAACACGAUACUAAUCAAAUUAUUAAGGAAUGUUAAUAUCUUUUAAACUAACGCGAUGUUUCUCGACUUGAUUGGAAAGUUUUUGCGCUUUUAGCCUAUAGCUGCCGCUUACUAUACAACAAAGUUUUCUCAGCAAGCCUUAGAAGGUUUUGUCUUUGUAAAACGAGAAUAUUCGAUCCCUGGAUAGAAGGCAGCACUAGGUGAUUCUCCUGGAUGAAUUUCAGAGUGGCAGUUAUUUCAUUUCCCAUUUUCCAUUUCUAGAUCAGCUUGUGCAAAUAAAUAAAUAUUUAAUGGAGGAGUUUUUUUUCCAGUAAUAUUUUAAAAGGAAAUUUUAGCCCCGAGAGAGAAGAAAUUUAGUAUGGGACUGCCAUUCUAAGAUAAUGAUGACCGUGUUUUGGGUCACUUAAUUUGCAAAGGUGGAAUUCUUUUUGGAACUCCUUAAGGGAAUUAUCCGCGUAUACUAUUGAGUUGGAGAACAAGAGAAGACUGCCUUACUUUUUUUCGUACUCAGAACUGUGUUCCUUCCACGACGUUCAUCAUUCCCGCCAGGCCUUUCGAGCAGAGGCUUGCUUGGUAGCCGUUCAGCUUCUCUAAAACCGUAAUGGCGUCGCAAGAGCGCCAAUUUUGUUGUCAACAACGACAACAAAUUUGUUUUCUGACAAGAAUAAGGCUGUGGUCAAUUGAUGUGGCUCAUUUUUGGAAGCAAAGUGACGAUGCUGGUGGACGAUGAAGAGCCUCUUUUAAACGUUUGGUUGACAGAAAUAUUGAAUUUAUUGAGUUGAGCCAAGGAAAAAGCUAUGUCUUUGAAAAGUAAGAAAUUUGAAAGAGGAGUGAUUGCUUCCGGAUCAGCCGAAAACUUGUCAGCGAAAAGACCAAGCUCAGCUAAGAGUAGCAGGCCAAGUUCUGCAGAUGCAAGUAAAUAUUCAGCGAGAUCAAAUGCAAGUUUGGAUUCUGAUAUGAGUGACUUUCUAUCAGUAACUGGAACAAGCAAAGUUCCCAAGAAAUCUAGUCACCAUAAAAGAAGUGGCAGUGCAGGCAUUGUGAGGCCACAACACAAUGAGGUUCAUGUAUCUGGUAGCGACAGUGACAGCGCAAGGACUAGCAGUAGCUCAGGAGCAAGAAGGAAGAAUGUUAAUAAAAAGACCAUUCCCCCAGCAAGGUUUUCUGAGGAUCAUAUCCCACACAUCAUGUCUCAAGCUAAAGCUCGCACUAAACCUAAACUGGCCACAACAUUCCAGCGCCACAGCAAUGCUGCUAAAGCAAGCCCUAAUGCUCUACCAGACAGACCUUCAGCAAUGGCGCAGCAUAGUGUUCAACCUGAUGAAGUUGAUGAAUGGUGGCUGUCAGCUUCUGAUCCUGCACCAGUCCCUCCACUGUUCCUGCAGUCUCCUACAGAAUUGGACAAGAAACAUAACUGGUGGCCUGGUGCAAGCAAGACAAGCAAUCACAUAGAUGAAGAUUUUCUUCAAAAUGAUAUCAACAAUUUGCGUCCUGGCAAUAAUGUUUUUGAUCAGAAUAACCUUGAUUUAGACAUUUUUGAAGGCGAGGCAAGACUCAAGGUGGACAAAUCAACAACAAAAAGAGAAGAUGUACCAAAAUUGUUUCUUGAUGAACUUUUAGAGGAUGAGGGUGAGAAAAAACGGCGGAAAGCUGCUGUGAACAUUCAACGUUGGUUCCGUGGAUGGAAAACCCGUAAGCAACUCAGAGGACAAAGUGCUGUAAAGCAACUCUUAAGUCAGAAGAAAACUGAGAAGGAGAAACAGAUGGUCAGUGACCAUGCAAAUGUACAGAUGGAGGAUCAGAAGGAAGAUGAAAAGAGGAAACGACGAGAAGAGAAAGCUAGAUUGGCAAGACAGGCUGCUAUAGAGGAACUACAAAAGAAGAGGGAGGAAAAACGGAAUGAGAAUCAAAGGAAGGCAGAGGAAGAACUGGUUUUUCUCCAAGCUAGUGGGAAAGUCAGCAAAAAGAAGUCAGCAAAUCUCAGUUCAGCAGUCAAAUCAAAACCCAAAGGGAAGAAGAGCACAGUGUUAGGUGCAUCCAAUAGUGCUGUGAAAAAUAACGAGCAAGGUAAUCCCAUUGAAAUAACAUCCAGACCUGGGACAGCCAGCAGUGUUGGAAGGAAAGUUGAUGAGUUAUUCCAGCAGGAAUCUCGAGAAUCUCAAGUUAGCACAGCUGCUGCCACUUCAGAUGAGCUAGCAGCAGGACCCUUAUUCUCUGAUCGCACAGAUGACACAGAUAAGAUAAUAACCAGCUCUCAGGUUGGUGGUGAAAGCAAAACAACCUUUGAUGACCUCUUGGAGUCCCUCAAACAGCUGGAGGAGGAACCCACUGAUCUGCUUCCUGUAGAGCAGAACAGUGCACUUAAGUUUGGUGGCUGGGGUAAGAACUUGUUGGAAUGUUUUUUUAUUAUAAUUAUUUUGAUUUUGUGGAAUUUAUCAGUGCAGUCAAUCUAUUACUUUGACAUUUUGGAAUUGUUAUUUUUAGGACAAAACUUAGAAGAUGGUGAGGAAGACAAGGCUUACCUUUCUCAUGCUUCAUUGGGCCACUUCAACAAAGAUAAGCUUGAAAGUCAAGGACAGACAGGAAGUGCAUUGUCGGCUGAAAAACUACGGAGUAUCUUGACAUUUUUGGAUGAGGUGGAAAAAGCAGAAGAUGAUGCCAUCAGUGAGAUAAGCCAGGCACGAGACGGUGCUAUUUCUCGUGGACUACCGUCAUCAAGUACCUCAGCUUCUGUGGCAGUUGACAGGGAGAAGGAAGAAGCCGCGCUAGAAUCAGCCGCAGCAGCUGCUUCGGAUGUUACAACAGCUAUGAUGGCGGUAAAAAUAGAACUGGAGGAAAAGAAAAGGACUAAUGAUCUGCUGCAGAGAGCUUUGAACCAACAGCGUGAAUUCACCCUGAGGCAAGCGAAGGAGAUGGAAAAGGACGCUAAACAACGGCUGGCCAUACAACGUCAGGAGUAUGAAGCAGCCAUACAGAGACAUUUGUCCUUCAUAGACCAGCUGAUUGAUGACAAAAAGGUGUUAGGGGAGAGGUGUGAGGAAGUAGUGAACAAACUGAAAAGUACUGACAAGAAGUACGGAGAUAAAGUCAAACAAAUGGAAGAAAAUCAUCAAGUUGAAUUAAAGAAACAAAAGGAGGUUAUACUGGCGGCAGAAAAAUUACGACGAGAAAAAUGGAUUAAUGAGAAAACUCAACAAAUCAAGGAAGUCACGGUCAAAGGACUGGAACCUGACAUUCAAAAACUGAUUGCCAAGCAUAAAGCGGAAGUGAAAAAGAUCAAGUCUACUCAUCAGGCGGAGCUGCUGGAGGCCGAUGAACGUGCAGGCAGAAGGUACAUUCAGCAAAUAGAAGAACUGAGAGAUCAGCUGGAAAGAGAGAAGGAAAAUGCCUGUGCUCGAGAGAGAGAACUCUCUCAACAAAGGUAUGAAAAGCAGCUGGAGCAAGAGGAACAAGCUUAUCAACAACAGAGGCGGCGACUGUACGCUGAAGUACAGGAGGAGAAGGAAAGAGUAGCACUACAGGGUCAGAAACAACGACAAGAACUGGACGAGGCGCGAGCUGCCUUGGAGGAAUCUCACAAAAAGUCAAUCCUAGAGAUGCAAACUUCACACCAAAGAGCUAUUGAUGAUCAAGAAAGAAAACACCAGUUGGAAAUGAAUGAGUUGAAAGAGAGACUUGAAAUUGAGAAGCAGGGCUGGAUUGAAAAUUACAUGAAGAAGCAGGAUGCCAUGUUAAUGACUAAAGAGCGGGAGCUGAAAGAAGCUGUUCGGGAAGGACGCGAUAGAGAAAUUGAAAUGGUGAUUUCAAGAUUGGAAGAAGAGACAUCGUUGGCGAGAGAAGAAUGUGAGCGAGCCGCGGAGAACAGAAUCAAGCGAGUGAGAGAUAAAUACGAAUCUGAACUGAAAGAACUAGAAGAAUCUGAACGGAAUAUGCAGGAAAAAUACAACAACAUGAAGGCUCGUUUAUCCGAAGUUGAAGGAGAAAAUGCGCGUUUGAAGAGCAUGUUGAAACAAAAAGAUGAAGAGGUAGAAGGAAUUGAUAAAGUGGCCAAACGGCUACAGGAAGAGAGAGGGAAGGUGGCCGACAUCAUUCGGCAGGAGUUCGCUGAUAGGCUUGUAACCACUGACGAAGACAACAAGCGUUUGAAAACAGAAGUGAGCGAAAUGAAGGCCCGUCACAGAUUAGAAAUAGAACGAGUUACACCAGGCUGCCAUGAAACGAGCGGAACAUUUGGAAUUUUUACUCCAAGAACAAAGAAAGAAAUUGCUGUCUUGAGGCUAACCCUUAUCUCCCAAUAGUGCCAACGUUUUGCGACAUCGCCCGAUGUACUACCGAGUUCUUCCGAAGACCGCGCGAUUAAAGUCGGUACGUGUCAACACAACCGAAUGUCAACCAAAGCUGGACACUUCUGCAUUGUUAAGUGCUCAAAUGGACGUUCAAAUCCCGCAAUAAAGGGGAAUUCUAAUGGAUUAGGCACCAUUGGUAGAGUAACCUUUGCCCAAGAAUCUAUUUCUACUGCUCAGACCCAAAUGAAGAUUUUCGAUAUCUCUGUCAAUAGAGGAACCAGCAUAUAUGUAUUUAUGAUGUUACGUGCAUUUUGAAUCGACAGUAAUAAAUUUUUAAACUGGU